GGGCUAAAGAAAAGCCUUUAAUUUAAAUGAGGGGAAAAUGUGGUUGUCGGUCUGGGCAGGUAAAGCCCACGGGCCACGAGUUAUAUGGUUGAAAGGCCUUGCGUUUUACGAAUUGGUUUGAAGGCAAUCGUUCGACUGCUCGGAAAGUGAAUUAGAACUCACCCAACAGCAGAUCUGCAUCUCCGUGGACAGAGAUGGUUAUUCCACCACCUGUAAGGCCACCAAGAGUUACAAAAUUCCUUAAGCCCUAUGUCCUGAAGAUGCACUUCACAAACAAGUAUGUGCAUGCCCAGGUAAUCCAUGCACCAACUGCCACAGUAGCUUCAUCUGCAAGCUCUCAAGAGAAGGCUUUAAGACCAACCAUGGAGUCUACUCGGGAUGUUGCAGCUGCUGCCAAGAUUGGGAAGAUGCUUGGGGAGCGGUUGAUGCUCAAAGAAAUCCCAGCUGUUACAGUUUUCUUAAAGAGAGAGCAAAAAUACCAUGGUAAGGUGAAGGCUGUCAUUGAUUCUUUGAGGGAAGCAGGUGUUAAGUUACUUUAAUUUUAAAGAUGGGAGCAGAAUUUCACAGUAUGUUUGCCUUUUAGCAGUUAGUCUUUGAUUCAGAAACAUGACAUGGGUGAAAUCCAUGAAGAAGGUACUUUGUGGGUUGAGAUUUGGUUGGUGUGACUGUUUAUUGAGAUCACUGGUCUUCUGUUCUUGUCUCAGUAUUGUGGAUGCUCAUACUGCUGAAUGCAGAUGAUUGAAACAUCCUUUUCUUUUCCUCCAUUUUUGCAAUAUUGAGUGAAUAUUAAACUGUUGAUUUGCAGAAGGAGUAAGUAGGAAAUAAUUUGAAAGGAUUUGGAAAAAUCCUGUGGACAAUGAUUCAUGGAGUCAUGGAGAAGAUUAGUAAAUCUAAGACAUGGUCAAUUGGAAUUGACUUGCCUCUUUAACAAUAAAGGAAAAAGUGGGGAAGUGCGGGCCUAAUUGCUUGUUUAGCCUCAGGACCUGUUUGGUUUAACUUGUGUGAGUUUUUAUUCUUUUAGUACUGUUGUGAAUGAUAAAUUUAAAUUUUUAUU